CGCCCUUCCACCAAACUCAUGUAAAGGAGAAAGAUUUCAUUAGUUGGCAUAAACUAACAUGACUGGAUCAUCAUCACAAUUUCAACAGCUUGAAAAGCUAGGUGAAGGAACAUAUGCCACCGUCUACAAAGGAAGAAAUAGAUCCACCGGUGCCUUGGUGGCAUUGAAAGAAAUUAACCUCGAUUCUGAAGAAGGAACGCCUUCCACUGCCAUAAGGGAAAUCUCAUUGAUGAAGGAAUUGGACUAUGAGAAUAUCGUCACGUUGUACGAUGUCAUCCACACUGAGAACAAGCUCACGUUAGUGUUCGAAUAUAUGGACAAGGACUUGAAGAAAUACAUGGAGGUCCAUGGGAAUCAAGGAGCAUUAGACUUGAAGAUCGUUAAGUCAUUCAUGUUCCAGCUUCUUAAGGGUAUCAUGUUCUGUCAUGAUAACCGUGUUUUGCAUCGUGAUUUGAAACCUCAAAAUUUAUUGAUUAAUAGCAAAGGUGAAUUGAAAUUAGGAGAUUUCGGGUUGGCCAGAGCCUUUGGUAUUCCUUUCAAUACAUUUUCUAAUGAAGUGGUCACUUUAUGGUACAGGGCACCGGAUGUGCUUUUGGGAUCCAGAGCAUACACUACUUCAAUUGAUAUAUGGUCUGCUGGAUGUAUUUUUGCUGAGAUGUGCACUGGUAAGCCCCUUUUCCCAGGUACUGCUAAUGAUGACCAAUUGAUCAAAAUCUUCAGAUUGAUGGGUACUCCAAAUGAAAGAACUUGGCCAGGAAUCUCACAAUAUGCCAACUACAAGAGCAAUUGGCAGAUAUUUGUCCCUCAAGAUUUGAGAUUCAUUGUACCAAAUUUGGAUUCAAUGGGAUUAAACUUAUUACUGAGCUUGUUACAGAUGAGACCAGAAGCUAGAAUCACUGCUAGACAGGCCUUACAACAUCCAUGGUUCCAUGAAAUCACCAACCCCACUCCACUUGUCCACCAAUUGAAUGAUCCAUACCAACAAAAUCAAUCACAACAGCCACCUCAACACUCGCACCAACAUAUUAUUGAUCAACAGUACCAAUAGGAAGCGCCAGAUUCUUUCCCUGAAAAUAUAUACUUUACAUCCUAGGCGGGUAUGCUGAUCCAUGGACAAAGGACCAGUUUAGAAUCUAUAUUAAUAGUGGAGAGUAUUUGAUUCGUACUUAAUCUCCAGAGCUAUGUAAGUUUGUGAAGUAAUGAAAUGAAUAAUGCUAUGGUAAUGAUCAAAGAAGUUCGAAGCUAGGACAUUCACUGAACCGCAUCAAUAGUUGUGCUAAAUUAUAGUUUUUAGAUUCCAACACAAAUCUCCAAAUUUCCAGAUCCUCGUGCUCAUUUUGAUUGUAAAAGUCUGUCAAUAAUUGUAUAAGUGCUUUGGAUAUGUCCUCGGAUAUUAGAUCACCGUUGUAGUUGAUGCCGAAUUCAGAGCAAUCUUUUGGUUCAUACUCGUGAUAAAGCUUAAGUAAAUUUAUCACUGGAAUCUGAGUAAUUGAUCCAUGCUUUGCUGAUAGUAUAAAAGUCAUUAUCUGAUCUAGUGAUA